AUGUGCCCUGAAAGAACAAGCAUCACCGUCAUUGCCAAAGAUACUUGUCUGCCGACGACGUCCUCAAACCGACACCACCCGGCCGCCACGUGUCCAAUAACCGUGGCAGGCGUCGUAUCCGCCACCCACGUUUCGAGGCACCCCACGUGCGACAGAAGCCCAAAGCAGCAAACGUGGCAAGGGUGGUCGCGGGGCCCACGGUGUUGGGAUCAUGUUUGGUGGGGGGCUACGUGGCUGGCAUCGCGUGGUGCAGGGUUAAAGUUGGAAGGCGAAAGUGCGGGCCCGGGCGACAAGAGUCCCUUUCCUCCAGAUAAGGAUGGGCCCAAGAUGGGGAUGGGCUUUUUGUGUUGUGGUCUGUGGAGGUGA